UGACACGCCACUUUACACCUUCCCGAUCCCUACCUUCCCACAAAACCACGACCCCUCUCGACGUUCCUUUGCCAGCAUUGACAAAGACAGUGCAACAGAAAACACCAAAUCCUCUCUCAUAAAAUACACGCAUCAAAAGUUAAUCGAGCGAGCAAACAAACCUUACCAUGAGGAUUGCUAAAACACUCCUCUCGUUGGCUCUGGUGGCCAACGCAGCUGUUGCCAGCUCGUGGUUUUCCAAUGCCGCAUACAACAAGUGGCAUGAGACGGAGCUAGAGCGGUGGCUUUCCGACCAUGACGUCCCCUACCCGACCCCGGCCGACCGCAAGGACCUCGAGCAGCUCGUGCAGAAGAAUUGGGACGCAAACGUUGUGGAGCCCUAUAACAAGUGGGAUACCGAGAAGCUCACCAACUACUUGAAGGUGAAGGGUGUCGAGUCUAAGGAGUCGGCCGAGGAAACCCGAGAAUCCCUCCUCGCCCGCGUCAAGAAUUCUUGGUAUGAGUCGGAGGAGAAGUCCCAGAGUGCCUACUCCAAUGUCAAGGACUGGAUUCUAGAUACUUGGACCGACAGCCAGCUCAAGGCCUUUUGCGACCGUCAUGGUAUCCCCGUUCCCCAGCCCCGCAAGCGGGACACCCUCCUCCAGAAGGUCCGCGAGAACUACGAGACCGUCGCACAGAAGGCUGGAGAGGCCACCGCCUAUCCAGGAAACUGGCUGUACGAGACUUGGACGGAAUCUGAUUUGAAGGAGUGGCUUGACACUCACGGUUUCCCAGCACCCCAACCCACUACACGUGACAAGCUCAUCGCUUCGGUCCGGCGCAACUCCCGCCUUGCCUACCUCCAGAUGCAGGAGCAGACGGAGAGCUCCAAGAAGACGGCCCAGCAAGCCUACGCUGCUCUCACUGACAAACUUAUUGAUUCGUGGAGCGAGUCUCAGUUAAAGGAGUUCUGUGACAAGAACGGCAUCAGUGUUCCCCAAGGCACUAAGCUCAACCAGCUGCGUGCUCUGGUCCGCAAGAACCGCGCCGACAUCCUUGGUGACACUGUAUCCGGCACAGCCGCUUCUGCGUUCGGUGCCGCUACUUCCAACGUCGGUUCUGCCGCCACCAAGGCAACCGACACCGCGUCCCAGGCCGCCCAGGACGCUUUUGACAAGGCCAUCAACACCUGGUCCGAUAGCCGUCUGAAGGGUUAUCUAGACUCUCGCGGAGUGCCUGUCCCUCAGGGCUCCAAGACCGACGAGCUGCGCGCCUUGGUUCGCAAGAACUCCCAUAAGGCCGCCUCAGGCUGGACCGCCUGGACCUGGGACGACCUGAGACUGGACAACAUCCGCAACUACAUCGCCUCAAGCGGCAACGCCGCGGCCAAGAAGGUCUCGGACAGGACGGGCGCGACACGCGACGAGCUGGUCGAGGCCGCGCAGUCCGCCUAUCUUUCGGCGUCCUCCGCCGGCGGCGGCUCCUACGCCUCGGCCACGAGCUUCCUUACCAAGGCGACCGACACGACCAAGGCCGGCGUGUUCGACACCUGGAGCGAGAGUGAACUGAAGGCCUACCUAGAUAGCUACGGCAUCCCGGUGCCUCAGGGGUCCGAGAUCAACGAGCUGCGCGCCCUUGCCCGCCGUCAGUAUACCUAUUUCAAGUAUGGUACCACCUCUCCGGCCGAGACCCUCUUUGCCAAGGUCCGCGAGAACGUUCAGACCGGGUGGGACUGGGUUGCCGGUCAGCUACGUCUCGGUUCUGAUGCCGCCAAGAAGAAGGCUGAGGAGGUCGAGGCCGAGGGCCAGCGCAAGGCCGAGAAGGUGCAUAAGGAGCUCUGAUUGAGCCAUCGCUUCUAGUGGGUUUGACACGGGGAUGAUCGUGGAGGAGAAACCAGGGGAGUAGAAUGGGUCCUGAUGGGACCGGUGUAGCAUGAUCAUGGAGAGAGGCGUCGCUGCAGGUGAAGGAAAAAGAUAGCUGUGGCGGUGGGUGGGAGGGUAGUGAGAAAAGAAAGAAUUAGUGGUGGUUUGAUGAUGGAUUAUGAGGGAGGAUGAGAUUGGGUUCGCAAGAAGUUCUGGUAGAAUCUGCCUGCUCUCUCUUGGUUCUGGGUUUGCCGUGCUUGGAGAGGUAGCGCUAGUUUGGCUGGAGUUAGGUUAGUUGAGGUAGGUAUUAGUCGUUAAUUUAUCCGAUCUUUUAGCUUA